AUGGGCAUCAAACAACUCUUCUCCAUCAUCAAGGAUGAGGCCCCGGAUGCCAUCAAAGAAGGUGAAAUCAAGAACCACUUCGGUCGAAAAGUGGCCAUUGACGCCUCCAUGAGCAUCUACUCAUUUCUCAUCGCCGUCCGCUCCGAUGGUCAGCAACUCAUGAACGAAAGCGGCGAGACCACGUCGCAUCUGAUGGGCAUGUUCUACCGCACUCUCCGCAUGGUCGACAAUGGCAUCAAGCCCCUCUUCGUCUUCGAUGGCGCGCCGCCCAAACUCAAGUCGGGCGAACUCGCCAAGCGAUUCCAGCGCAAGCAGGAGGCACAGGAGGGUCUCGAGGAGGCCAAGGAGACGGGUACCGCCGAGGACAUUGAAAAGUUCUCGCGCCGAACGGUCCGCGUGACGAGGGAACACAACGCCGAAUGCCAAAGAUUACUCAAGCUGAUGGGCGUGCCGUACAUCAUUGCCCCGACCGAGGCCGAGGCGCAGUGCGCGGUGCUGGCCAAGGCAGGCAAGGUCUACGCCGCCGCGAGCGAGGACAUGGACACACUCUGUUUCGACACGCCGAUAUUACUGCGUCACUUGACGUUCAGUGAGCAGCGAAAGGAGCCGAUUCAGGAAGUUCGACUGGACAAGGUACUGGAAGGGCUGAACAUGGACAGGACGCAGUUCAUCGACCUCUGCAUUCUCCUCGGCUGCGAUUACCUCGAUCCCAUUCCCAAGGUCGGACCGAGCACCGCGCUCAAGCUGAUCCGCGACAAUGGCAGCCUGGAAAAGGUGGUUGAGGCGAUCGAGAAGGACCCCAAGAAAAAGUACGUCAUCCCCGAUGACUGGCCGUACAAAGACGCGCGCGAUCUCUUCCUUGCGCCGGACGUGCGGCAAGCAGACCAUGAGGACUGCGACUUUAAGUGGGAGAAGCCCGAUGUGGAAGGGCUCGUUCAGUUCCUAGUGGCAGAGAAGGGGUUCUCGGAAGAUCGCGUGCGCAGCGCCGGUGCGCGGUUAGAGAAAAACCUCAAGAGCUCGCAACAAGCCCGUCUCGAGGGCUUCUUCAAGCCGGUGCCCAAGACGGACGAGGAGAAGGCGGCACAUAAGCGCAAGCUGGACGAGAAGCAGGAGGAGAAGCGCAAGAAGCUCAAGCAGGAGAAGAAGGACAAGGCGGCGGCCAAGGCGAAGCCCCGAGGCGCUGCCUAG